AUGAUACCUAGUCCUGAGGAUGGUGCAGUGUUGGCACUGAUGUGUGUGAUGGCUUGCGCUUGGGCACAGGCGCCCGAGACCACCGAAGCCAGCACCACCAGCACCACCACAUUCGUCCCCAUCCUGCGGCAGGUCAACGAAGUCAACGAGGACGGGACCUACACCUACGGCUUCGAGGCAGCCGACGGAACCUUCAAGCUGGAGACCCGCGACGAAGAGGGUAACGUAAAGGGCAAGUACGGAUUCUUGAAUGAGUUCGGCGAGCUGAAGACCGUCGAGUACAGCGCCGGGAAUGAAACCGGUUUCGUGCCGACGUCUGACCUUUUGCCCAAGUCCGUUCCUGUGCCUGCGGUUCCCGCGGUUCCCACAGUGCCUCAGCGACAGGCAUCAAACCCCAUCGUUCCUCAACUUCCACAGUUAGCUUCCCUCCCUCUUCUUCACAGGCCCCAACAGUUCAGAACUGCCGCUCAAGCAACUCAGCGUCCCUUCAACAUUGAACUCGACGGUUUCUCAGAAGACAGAAAUGAAGACGGUUUCGUCGACGGCUCUCCCGAGGAAGCUGCGAAGGGGAAUCCUGUGGCACCUUCCUUCACUCCUUUCCUUCCAGCUGGCACCUCUUCCCUCCCAGCCGUGCCAGCCGUGCAGCCCCUUGCUCAGCCACAGUUGGUCCCACAGCAGACCCCUCAAAGCUUUCACACAUUCGUCCCCGGUCAGCCCCAGUUAACUGCUCAGCAGAUCCAGCAACAGCAGCAAUUCUUAGCUGGCCAACAGAGAUUCGUGCCCCAGCAGUUUGCAGGUCCACUGUCUGUCCCACAACAGUUUGUUCCUCAGCAGUUCCCCGCACAACCCUUCCUUCCCCAACAGUUCGCUGGACAACCCUUUGUGCCUCAGCAGCCUGUUGGUCAGCGGGCAUUUCCUCACCAGUUCAUCCCCCAGCCCUUUCCCCAGUUCCAGCAGCUCAGACCUGUAGCCCCGCCACAGCCUGUGAUUACCAAGGCUUAA